CACACCUUUCAUCCAAUUGCACAUAAAAUGUUUAAAGAAAUAUAUUAAAAAACGUUGCUGCGAGUAAAAUUUCUGUCUUGUAUGUUUUUCUUGCGAGUUUUUGUUACAUAAGCUCGUGAAGACUGAAGAGCACAACCCGUUGCGACAAGAUCACCAGAUGGAAUCCGUUCAAACAAUCAUCAAAACCCUUCUGAAGAAUCCAACGCAAAUCAAAUCCAAAUCUCAAGCCAAACAAAUCCAUGCUCACAUCGUGAAAAGCUUUCCUAUAUUCACCACUACUCUCCUCUCCAUUUACUCUAAACUCAACCUCUUACCCGAAUCCCUCCUUCUCUUCAACACACUCCCCUCUCCUCCCAUCCUCGCUUGGAAGUCCAUCAUCAAAUGCUACUCUUCCACUGCCUGUUUCUCAGAAUCCUUGAAUUGUUUCGUCAAAAUGCGUGCUUUGGGAAUAUACCCAGAUCACAAUGUGUUCCCUUCCGUCUUAAAAUCUUGCACCCAUUUAAUGUAUUUCAAGUUUGGGGAAUCUGUUCACGCUUGUAUUAUCCGGGUUGGACUAGAAUUCGAUAUUUUUACAGGAAACGCGUUGUUGAGCAUGUACUCUAAGCUGCAGAGGUCUAGUGCUCUACAGGUGUUCGAUGAAAGUCCUGAAAGAAUGACAAGCGAUCAAAAUGAGAGUAUAUUAGUUAGCAAUAACAACAAUAAUAAACAACUAGAUCUGCAAAUGCAAAGUGUGAGAAAAGUUUUUGAAACCAUGGAAGAUCGAGAUGUGGUUUCUUAUAACACACUCAUCUUGGGAUAUGCUCAAAGCAACAUGUACAAUGAAGCUAUGUUGAUGAUUAAAGACAUGGGUAAUGCUAACUUGAAACCUGAUGCUUUUACUUUAUCAAAUCUCCUUCCAAUUGUUGCAAAACAUAUGGAUGUUUGGAAGGGAAAAGAGAUUCAUGGGUAUGGAGUCAGACAUGGGUUUGACCAAAACGAGUUCAUCACAACUGGAUUAUCCGACAUGUAUGCAAACUGUAACAUGGUUCAAGAUUCAUAUCACUUGUUUUCAUCCCUCCCCAAAAAAGACAUUGUUUCAUGGUGCUCAAUCAUCUCAAAGCAUGUCCAAAAUGGUCUUUUUGACGAGGGUUUGAAUUUAUUCCGCCAAAUGUUAACUUCCAAUAUCAAACCUGUCCCAAUUUCAAUUUCCAGUAUUACCCCUGCUUGUGCACACUUAACCACUCUACCUUUAGGCCAACAACUCCAUGGGUACAUAAUUAGAAACCAUUUUGACAAAAACAUAUUCAUAUCCAGCUCACUUGUUCACAUGUAUGCCAAAUGUGGAAACAUCAAACUUGCUAAAAAAAUCUUUUAUCAAAUGAAUCAUCAUGAUUUGGUGUCAUGGACAUCUAUGAUCAUGGGUUGUGCUUUACAUGGCCAUGUCCAUGAUUCCAUUACUUUAUUUGAACAAAUGGAAACCGAAUUAAUUCGACCAAAUUCCGUUGCUUUUUUAGCCGUUUUAACUGCUUGUAGCCAUGGAGGAAUGGUGAAUGAAGGUUUGAAGUUUUAUGAAAAAAUGGUGAAAGAUUAUAAGUUGAUUCCUGAGUUUGAGCAUUAUGCUUGUGUGGUGGAUCUUUUGGGUAGGGCGGGGGAAUUGGAGGCGGCUUUUGGGUUUAUAAAAAGUUUGCGGGAAAAUAAAAGAGGUGGUUUGUGGUUGCCGUUGCUGGCGGCUUGUAGGGUUCAUAAAAAUGUAGAAUUGGGUGAAAAGAUUGAGGGGUAUUUAUGGAAUUUUGAUGAUGAUGAGGAAAAGGGUGCAUAUGUUUUGUUGUCGAAUAUGUAUUUUGAUGUUGGAAGGUAUGAAGAUGCGGGAAAGGUGAGAGGUAUGAUGGGGAAGAAAAUGAAUGGAAAGGAACCGGGUUGUAGUUGGAUUGGAAUUGGGAAUAAAGUUCAUGCUUUCAUUUCCGGAGAUGGAUUCCAUUCCGAUUAUGAUGGAGUAAUUGAGGCAUUGGAUAUUCUUUUACAACAUAUGGAAAAGGAAGGAUAUGUUGCAGAUAAGACUUGCAUUUGAGUCGCAUAAUGUUUUUGAAAGAAUUGGAAUAUGAAUUGAAUUCCAUGGAUGUUAGGGUGGAAUGUUGUAAUCUAUCGAUCAAAAGAUUUUGUGGAUUCCAGCGGAAUCCAAUUCCGUACUCGUUUGCAACCAAAGGAAGGAUUGGAAUGGAAUUGAAAUCGAAUUUUGGCCAAAUCCCACAAAUUAAAGCUUAAUCCUUACGCUUUUCAUUUCUACAUUUUCACUCACAAACCCGAGAAAUGAUUUUUCUAAACACUUCAUGUCCUUCAAAUCCAACUCAUAAACAUAAAGUAUAAUUAUUUAUUCAUAAAUAAUUAUUCCAUAAGUUGUACUCCAUUCAAUAACUAUUUGCCCCCAAAAUUGCCAAAUGUUAUGAUUAACACUUACUUUGAGAACUUUGAUUUGGGGAAACUUCACUUACCAAAGAUCAUCUUUUCGAGCUAUUUAACUUUAAUUAUUGCCGUUAAAAAAUGUAACUUUAAUUAUUAAAGAAAUAGCAUUUUCACAACCUUGAAUCUUCUCUCUAGCUUUUCUCUCAUUUCUCCCUCUUUAUCAUUGGUUUAUUCUUCACAUAAAAAAAUAAAAAAAUAAAAAAAUAAAAAUAUAAAAAAAAACCUUCAAAUUCCUAGCAUUUACAAAACUUAUAAACAAAUGACAACUUCAACUCUUUAACUUCUUUUCUUAAUAGUAAUAGGGUUGAAAAAUUGAAAUAUUUAUAUCAUCAUAAUUAAUCAAUACUAGCAUAUGAUUACUCACAUAUAUAUAAUAGACCAUUUUGCAAAAAUGGUCCCUGUGGUUGGCAAAAUUUUGUAGUUUUGGUCCAAAGCAAAAUGUUGGUGCAUCACUGGUCCAAUUUUAGAUAUCUUGUGUGGUUUUGAUCCAUAUGGUUGUAUUUUCUUGUGUUUUUGGUCCACAUCCCACCUAAAAUGACUAAUAUGCCCUUUAAAUAAUUAUAUUUUAAUUUCUUUUAUUUGUUUUCUUAUUCUUAUAAUAAAAUGAAAAAAACAAAAUAAGCCCACCACUCUCUCUCUCUCUCUCUCUUUCUUUCUCUCUCUCUCUCUCUCUCUCUCUCUCUCCCUCUCUCUCUCUCUCUCUCUCUCCAUAUACCAUGACACAACCUCAUCUCUCGCACUUCUCUUCUCCUCCCGUCGAGCAAACUCUACCGAACCCCUACCUGUCUGCCUUGUUCCACCGAACCAUUCUUCUGUCCACCUUCCCUUCGAGUUUCAUCGUUGGAUGCCGCCUCCAUUCUUCUUUCUUCGAGCGACCUAAGGUCGGCGAUUCUGCUGCCGAAGACGAGGAAGAAAAACCCACAAAGGGUCACCGAUCUCGAAGAAUCUGUAUAUUUGGAAGAAUUCUUAGCCCAUCAUCGCUUUACUCUCAAGGAUCCGAUUGAAGGAUGUUAUCUGGUGGUUCAGGAAAGGGGUGAAGGAAGGUGUUUGAUUGUGGGUGAUUAAGGUGGCUUGAGGAAUUUAUGAUUUUGGUUUUGCUUAGAAGAAAUCAAAGAGGGGAAACAAUGCGAUCUUGGAAGAAGGAAUAAUUCUAAUGAUGAAUCACUUUCACAAGUGUGGAAGGUUGUCAAGCACAUAAGGUGUUCGAUGAAUUGACAAAGAGAUAAAUAAAGUUAUACCAUUGAAAACGACUCACAUUUGGCUGACCCACACACUCUGUUUCUGUUUCUUCUUCUUCUUCAAAGCCUCACACAACUAUCUAUUCUUUUACUUUUGCUCCUAUAUAAUAUAUCAAAAUCUUUUUUGCUUCUCCUGCAAAUAAUGAACAACUCCAAAUUAGAACCAAAUCGAUUAGUAGGGCAGUGUUGAUGGGGAAGUUUUAUCGGGCAUGAGGAAGGAAAGAUGGGGAUAAGGGUGGGAUUGGAUGUUUAUGGUGGACAAUGGUGGCAGUCAAUGGUGAUGGUGGCGAACGGUGGUAGCAAUCGGUGGUGAUGGUGGCGGCCACUAGUGGUGAUAUGUUCUUUCUUGAGUGCGUGUGUGCGUUUUUCUUGAGAGAAAGAGGGAAAGAGAAAUAGUGGGUAGACCUUUUUUUUAAGUUAAAAAAAUAUAAAUUAAAUUAAUAUAUGUUUCAGCAAUUAAAGAAAAGGGUAAAUUACACCAA